AAAAUAAUUUGACCGUCGUCAUCAAUUUUGGCAACUUCUAAAUUCCUCAUGUCAAAAUUCCUAGUGCAAUUAUUAAGUAGCUAUAAAAUAUCAAAACCCCAUAAAGUCUUUGUUUUUUAAAAUGCUACCAUUCCGUAUAUACCGUUUGAAAACAUCUCUUCAUAACUUCUUUUUGAAUCACUACCACCUAGUUAUUAUAGUAUCUACAAUUGUCGCCUCCUUAACGGGCUAUUUUCAUUUGCAAUUGUACUAUUACGACCAUGACUUCCUGUACUGGUGCAACUCCCUCUCGGAGCUCUACAAACGCUACGAGUUCCUAUUCCUGGCCACAAUGGCGACAGUUCUGUUAAUUAAACUCUUGGUGACAUUUUUGCUAUUUGCAGUAAAUACUGGUCCGAUGGAGUGGUUCGAUGACUUGACGAGGUUGGAGGUGAAGAAGCGCUACGCUGACUUCCUGUUCAUCCGUCUGGUGAGUGAGAUUAGUCAAAUCAAAGAACGCGAAUUGAGGAGUAAGGCCAUCAUUUCGGUUGCGAGUUUCAUCCGGGCGCAUGAGGAGAUACAAGAGAAAAUCGCUCGUUUCCGCAAGGAUGCUCGGAAGCUAUUCCAACCGAAUGAGGUUGAGGCUUCUCUACCACCAGAGGAAGUCUACGAUACAGAGGAAGAGCAACUCGACGACAAAUAUGCACAUCUGAAGAUUGAAGAGGAAGUUAUCAAGAAAAUGGUUAAUCCAUGAACUGUAGAUAAAAACAUUGUUCAGAAAAGCUAUUUUGAUAGAAUAUACAUAUGAUCCAUCAAUCAUUA